UAUGGUAACAUUAACCGAAUUGACUUGUCAAAUUCGUUGACUGUUUGCGGCUGGGGUGUGUCCAAAAAAUACAAAAAACUAAGCUAAUUCAACAUGAACUAAGCAAUUCCUGACUGAAAGUUCCAAAGUUAUUUGUAAACAUGGAUAUUUAUUUUAGUUUAGCACUGACAGCUAUUCUUAUUGGCUCCACAACAGCCAAUAUCUACGGCAGUGAGAAUGUAAUCAAUGGUAUAAGCAAGGUGCCCAAAGUGGAAGGGCAGGACAUUAUAACCUGGUGUACUGUUUCUCUGCUGGAGACACAGAAGUGUGAAAAACUUGCCAAGUCUGUAUUGCAGGACAAAGGACUCUUUGGUAAAGAUUUUAUUGAGCUCCAGUGUAAAAGGGCAUUUGACACAGAGGAGUGUAUGACAUGGGUGGACAGAGGAGAAGCCUCCUUGCUUGGUCUUGAUGCUGGUGAGGUGUAUGUCGCUGGAAGAUAUCACUCCCUAGUGCCUAUUCUACAGGAGUUAUAUGGGCGUGGAGAGCCCUAUCAAUACUCUGUGGCAGUUGUCCGCAAAGGAGGUUUACCUGGAAUACAGCCUGGAUAUGGCCUCCAUGCAUUACGAGGGGCAAAGGCCUGCUUCCCUGGGGUGGGAGCACUUGCUGGAUGGGUCAUGCCUAUACAUGUUUUAAUGCAAGAAGGCGGACUCAAAAUAACAGAUUGCAAUAACCAUGUUAAGUCAGCUAUCGCGUUCUUUGGAGAAUCAUGUGCACCAAAUUCUCUGAAGGACAUGUAUAAUCCUAUUGGUGAUAAUUCUGACAAGCUUUGCAAGCUCUGUACGGGAGGUGCAGGUAUCCGCUGCACCCUUGCAGACCCGUACGCCGGGUACGAGGGUGCUCUGCGCUGCCUCAUCGCCAACAACUCGGGAGACAUCGCCUUCGUGCGCGACACCACCAUACAGCACGCGCUACUGUCGCAUCAGAUACUCGGAGGAGUAACGGAAGACCAGUUUGAGCUGAUCUGCCGCGACGGCUCUCGGCGUCCGGUCACAGACUCGGAGAACUGCAACUGGGGGAAGGUACCGGCUGACGCUAUUGUUACGAGCAGCGCUGCUACUUUGGACCAGAGGAAAAAAUACCAAAAUCUUCUCCAAACGAUAUUCCAACUAUACGGUGAGCCGAAUCCUUUGAACAGGAACUAUAACCUCACGAAUGGGUUCCAACAAGGAGCUCCGUAUAACCCAUACUCAACUACUGAAAACUCGCGCUAUCCCUAUAACAACUUCAACAGGGAUAGCUUUAAUAGCCGACAGAAUGAAUAUGAAGAUGAUAUGAAUAAUAAAGCAAGCACGAUGCCGCCUUUUAAGAAUCGCGUGGAUGCCUCAGGACAACCUAUUGAGUCGGUAUUCCAGCUCUUCAGAUCUAAUGAGACUACGGACUUAUUGCUACAGGACGCCACAGUAAACUUCAGGAUACUGAAAGAGGAAGAACAAGCAGCUAAACAUAUAUUAAACAACAAGUUUGUAGGCGGACAGGCUGAGAAAGCAGUGUUGGCUAUCAGAGACUGUCCUAUUAAACGUGCCACGCUAUGUGUGACCAGCGAUCAGGAGAUGGACAAGUGUUUGAAAAUGAGGGUGGCGUUAAAAGCAGCAUUUCUCUCCCCGACUCUGGUGUGUUGGCGCGGACACAGCACGCGGCACUGCGAGCGCGCGGUGGCGGAGGGCGCGGCGGACUUCGCGCUGUUCGACGCGGCCGAUAUGCUGCAUGCCGCCAAUCAGCACCGGCUCGUGCCUUUCAUGCAGGAGAUCUACUCAAGCGGUGACAAUUGGUACUAUGCUGUGGCGGUCGCUAAGGAACAGGAUCCGGACACAGAUCUGACGUAUUUGCGCGGCAAGAAUACCUGUCAUACUGGGCUCGGCACUGCGGCAGGAUGGGUGUUCCCACUCGCUUAUCUUAUUUCUAAUGGAUGGAUUAGGUCAUACGGCUGUGACGGAGCUCACGCAGCCGCCGAGUACUUCACGAAGUCUUGCGCCCCCGGAGCUCUCAGUUCAGAAUAUGUGGAUUCCGGCACUGUACCACAUGACAAUCUGUGUCAUUUGUGUCAUGGCGCUUCUUUCAGACGUUGCCGCCGCGACGCCAGCGAGGACUACUUUGGUCACGUGGGUGCAGUGCGAUGCAUGGUGGAGGGAGGAGGCGACGUCGCCUUCGUCCGGCACUCGGCGCCGGCUGAGGUGUCGGCCGGCAGGCGACGCGAGUGGUGGGCGAGGGACCUGCUGCCUGAUGACCUGCAGUUGUUGUGUCCUGAUGGUACACGCGCGAAAAUGCACGAAUACAAGCACUGCAACUUGGGGAAGGUACCAGGGUCAGUUCUGAUGGGCAGACCAAACCAUACCGAGUUGGACACAUACUCCAAUCUCAUGGUUUACGCUCAGCAGUUCUAUGGCGCCGUCACUACUGAUGAAUUCAGUUUCAGCAUGUUUUACUCUUUGCCACCAUACUCGGACCUAAUAUUCAGUGACGUAGCAGUACGUCUAAAGCCGUUACCACACAGCAAGAGAUCGGCAGAAAUAGUCGCAGGACCGGCACUUAUAAGGGCUGCUCGCAUAGUAUCGUGUGAUGCACCUCAAGCUUCUUACUAUGUCGCGUCGGACCCCGACUUUUUGUCGCACGCGUAUAGGAAUGGAAUAGUCGGCCAUUUGUUGGCUGUAGCCGUCUUUUUGGUAGCUUUGUUGAGAUAAUUUUGAGUUUUAGGAUGGGGCAGUUGAUAAGAGUUAUAUGUAUUUCAGUGAUAAUUUGAUAUACACCUUCUCUGAGCAACUUUGUUUAUUUCGCAUAUUAAGGGUCAUCCAUAGAUAACUUCACAAAAGUUCAAGGUUUUUCUUAAUCAUAUCUAUGUAUUUGUGAACUUAAGUAUACUGUACAAUGUUAGUUUUAAUACAAAAUGACUGCUCCUUGCUAGUAUGUAAGCAAUACAAUUUUGUAGCUAAAUGAAUUUCUGUGUGACUUUUUUUAAGAUCUGAGCUAUGAUAUUAUUUUAUCUGACAAAUUAGAAUAACUUAGUGUGUAAGAUUUAUACGUGUUUUAAUUAUAUUGCAGCUUUUAAUGAAACUUACAUCCGUCCAAAUAUGUAUGUGCCUUUACUGUAAUUAUUUACCGUCCAAGUGAAUCU